AGAAAGAGACAGAAUGAGGAAGUUCCUGUCUUUCGUCCUCUGGGCUCUGCUCUGCUGCUGCUGGACAACACAGGCAGAGAUCUUCACUUCCAUAAGCCAAAUGACGGACCUGAUCUACAUGGAGAAAGAGUUGGUCCAGUCUCUGGGUGAAUACAUAAAAGCAGAGGAGUCCAAACUUUCUGCCAUCAAAAGCUGGGCCAACAAACUGGAUGCUCUGACCAGAUUGUCCACCUCAGACCCAGAGGGAUACCUGGCCCACCCUGUGAACGCCUACAAACUGAUGAAGAGGCUCAACACAGAGUGGUCCGAGCUGGAAACCCUGGUGCUGCAGAACCCCUCUGAAGGUGAGGGGGGGAAAGGGAGGGAAGGAGGAAGGAAGGAAGGAAGGAAGAAGUGGAGCUGGACAAGAGUGUGGCAGCUCUUGCGCUCUGCUGCCGCACCCGCGGGUGUCUGUCCAUACAACAGGAACGACGGCCCACGGGUUUGCACUGUUAUUCUUACGCCGCGCUCCACACCGGAGACACACACGGAGACGAAAAACACCCCCCACCACACAACUUCCGACAUCAGCACCGGUCUCUCCGUCCCAACCGGAAAUCGGCUCACACGAAACCCGCUGUCCGUCCCACACGCGACGCCCUCCGACCCCCGCUCGGGAGAUGCUGUAGUUACAUAUGCGGAUCCCAGCCACCAGAGGGCAGGAGGAAACCUGCGUUAUUUUGAGGGCUUGCUUACCAAGCAGCUCAGAGAGCUGAACCAGGAGGACUACCCGCCGCCCUCUGAGGAGCCCAUCCAGCUGGGAACCUACACCAGACCCAAAGACCACCUCCCAGAGAGAGACGUCUACGAAGCUCUCUGCAGAGGAGAGGGGCUCGGAAUGAAUAACGUGAGGCGCAGCCGCUUGUACUGUCGCUACCAGGAUAGAAACAGGAACCCUCGUCUCCUGCUGAAGCCCAUAAAAGAGGAGGAUGAGUGGGACAGCCCCCGCAUCGUACGCUACCUGGACGUCCUGUCACACGAGGAGACUGAGAGGAUUAAGCAGCUGGCCAAACCCAGGCUUGCCAGAGCUACUGUCCGUGACCCCAAAACAGGCGUCCUGACCACAGCCAACUACAGAGUGUCCAAAAGUGCAUGGUUAGAAGAGGAAGAUGACCCUGUCAUUGCCAGAGUCAACCAGAGAAUAGAAGACCUCACAGGCCUCGAAGUAGACACUGCAGAGUUACUACAGGUCGCUAACUAUGGAGUUGGAGGACAGUACGAGCCACACUAUGACUUCUCAAGGCCUCCUUUUGACAAGAAUCCCGACGGAAAUAGACUUGCUACAUUCCUAAACUACAAAGAUGAACCUGAUGCUUUCAAAAGAUUAGGCACUGGAAAUCGUGUGGCAACUUUUUUAAAUUACAUGAGCGAUGUGGAGGCAGGAGGAGCCACCGUCUUCCCUGACUUUGGAGCAGCUAUCUGGCCUAGAAAGGGGACGGCAGUGUUUUGGUACAAUCUGUUCAAGAGUGGGGAGGGAGACUAUAGGACCAGGCAUGCAGCUUGUCCCGUCUUAGUAGGAAGUAAAUGGGUGUCAAAUAAGUGGAUCCACGAGCGAGGACAAGAGUUCAGGAGACCCUGUGGCCUGACAGAAGUGGACCGAAGUUAAACACACACUUAACAAACGUGCAAAGACACAUGCACUGUAAACACACCCUCAGUAGUGCCUUCAUUCGGUAAAUUAUUUAAUAAACCAUAGACACAUAACUCAACACCUGUCACUCUCUGCUUCAACUUGUCUACAUCGUAAAUAUGUAAUGAGGAAAUGAUAUCAGCCUGAGGUGUGAAGAAUGUACUUCCCCAAUAAAGUGAAUUAUGAAUAAAGCGUGCGAAUUUUAAAUCAAAUUCCUUUAUCGAAACAAAACACAGAACUAUGUCAGGGCUAUGAUGGUUUGCCAAUGUACACCCACUAUUAGUGUCACUAAUAUCUUAGUAUAUUUGAUUAAGUUAUAAGCAGUUCCAAAUAUGAGUUCUCUAACAAAUCUUUUGUACUGAAACCAAAAAACAAAUACUAAUGUUUUACGUUGUAGUCCUCCAUACUGCUCCAUUUACACAAUAAGAAGAUUUGUCUAACCCCUAAAAAUGAAAACCCCUUAUUUAUGUACCUAAUAUCCUAGCUUUUAAAAACAUACAUCGAAACAUACAGUUGGUGUGCUGAAGGCCUUACCAAAAUGGUUUCAGAGCAAAUGAUUGAGGUUUCAAUGUGAUAGACAUAUUUAUUGAGUCGAGAAAAAUGACCUUCCUUCAAUGAUUUAGUGACUCUUUUACCCAACUGUAGUUGAUGAUUACCUAAUGCUACAAUGGAUGCAUUGAAAAGGUAUGGGCUCUAUUUGAAGGUUUAACACGGAAACAUUUAAAGAAAAACAAACUAUUUACAGACAGUAUACUACUUUCAUUUUGUAGACAUAAAUAGGCUUUACUCUAUCUUCAUUUACACAUAUACUUGAUUACAUUCUCCUGACACUCUGUUUGUUAUAGUUUGCAUCUAAAGGGUUUAUUUCCCUUUAAACCUGAAAGAGAAACAUUUCCUCCAUAACAUGUCCAUGAUGUUUUAUUUAUGUAGUGUUUAAAUUAUUUCACUGUUACAUGUUGGGCUCUUUGGUCAAGCUGGCAAACAAGCAAGUCUAAAUAAACUUUGUCUUUUAUUAAAA